UCCCUUGGUUCACCUCCUUCCCACCUCCGAGCACCGUCCCUUGGUUCCAAUCCCUACCCACCUCCAAGCACGUCCCUUGCACCGUCCCUUGGUUCCACCCCCUACCCACCUCCGAGAACCGUCCCUUGGUUCCAACCCCUACCCAUCUCCGUGCACUGUCCCUUGGUUCCACCCCCUACCCACCUCCGAGCACCGGCCCUUGAAUCCACUCCCUACCCACCUCCGAGCACCGGCCCUUGGUUCUACCCCCUACCCACCUCCGAGCACCGGCCCUUGGUUCCACCUCCUACCCACCUCCGAGCACCGUCCCUUGGAUCCACCUCCUACCCACCUCCGAGCACCGGCCCUUUGUUCCACCCCCUACCCACCUCUGAGCACUGGCCCUUGGUUCCACCCCCUACCCACCUCCGUGCACUGUCCCUUGUUUCCACCCCCUACCCACCUCCCAGUAUAGAUCAU